AUGGCACCGACUGCGUGUGCUUCGCCUGCUGAGGUAUGCACCUUUAAAUCCGACCUUAAUGGCCGGGACAAUUUUGGUCUGAUCAGCACCCAUGGGGACGAGUUGUUCCAGUCUCGGUUGGCUGCCAAGGACCUGGUUCUGGAUGUUUUGAAGAAGCGCGCCGUUGAGGUCGAUGUGGACCAUUGUGCGGCGGGGGAGGAGGAUGCCUUCUAUGUUGCCGACAUGGGCGAGGUUUACCGCCAGCAUAUGCGCUGGAAGAUGAACUUGGGCCGUGUCAAGCCUUUCUAUGCUGUCAAGUGUAACCCUGAUCCUGAGGUUCUCCGCCUCAUGACCCAGCUUGGUAAUGGUUUCGACUGUGCUUCCAAGUCCGAAAUUGAUCUGGCUUUGCAAACCGGUAUCGACCCGAGCCGAAUCAUUUACGCCCAGCCCUGCAAGACAAAGUCCUACCUUCGCUACGCUCGGGAGGUUGGAGUUAAGCAGAUGACCUUCGACAACGCCGACGAACUAUACAAGAUCAAAGCCCACUUCCCGGAAUCGGAGCUCUAUCUCCGCAUUUUGACCGACGACUCGACCAGCCUGUGCCGACUGAGCAUGAAGUUCGGCGCAUCCCUCGAUAUAGCUUACCAGCUACUCCAGCUAGCCCACCAACUCGAGCUGAAGGUCGUCGGUGUAAGCUUCCAUGUCGGUUCCGGCGCCGAGGACCCCCGCGCCUUCCUGAAGGCGGUCCAAGAUGCGCGUCUGGUCUUCGACCAAGCAGAAGAGAUCGGUCACGAGCUACACACUCUCGACGUAGGCGGUGGUUUCUGUCAGGACACCUUUGAGAAAUUCUCCGGAAUCCUCAGCGAUGCCCUGGACACCUACUUCCCGCCCAAUGUACGCAUCAUCGCCGAGCCAGGCCGCUACUACGUCGCCAAUGCCUUCACUCUGGCCGCCAACGUAAUUGCUCGUCGCGAUACUCCCGACCCGCUGGAUCCCUCCCGGGACGCAUACAUGCUCUACCUGAACGACGGCGUGUACGGCAACUUCUCGAACAUCAUCUUCGACCACCAGCACCCAACCGCUCAGAUUCUGCUAUCUGCAGCAAACCCCGAGCAGGGCACUCCGAAUUCUGCGACUUCGGACUCAAUCUCAUACUCCAUCUGGGGUCCCACCUGCGACGGCAUCGACGUCAUCUCCGAGCGGAUCGAUCUACCUGGCCUCGUCAACACAGGCGACUGGCUCUACUUCGAGGAGAUGGGCGCCUACACCAAGUGUAGCGCUACCCGUUUCAACGGGUUCUCCGACAACCAUGAGGUCAUCUACAUCUCAAGCGAGACUGGUGCUUCCGCCCUGCUCAACUACUGA